CACUGACAACAUGAGCCAAAAUCAGAAUCUACAUUCUAUGACAAAACUAACAGAGUUUGUGCGAGAUUUCGAAGAUGAACCGGAAACGUUGUUUGGACGUUUAGUAAAUAAAUUCCAAAAUGCCUAUAAUCAAAGCUAUAAUACCGUCAACGAUCUAUCAAGUGCUACCCAACAAUCAUCGUCCUCCGCAAAUAAAUCGGUAUUUUAUGCAGAUAUUAAACCGGAGGCUAACUCUUCCAUGACACGUGAUAGUUCUUCCUCCAGCGUUAGCUCUUCGGUCAUGAGGUCCUCCACAGCAAAUAGUAAUGCGAAUAGUGACAGUGGUUCUGCCACCAAUGACGACAGCAAUGUGAAUAUAAAGACUGAAGCAUUACCUGCCGAUGCCAGUGAAGGCCGCUCAAUGAUUAAUGUAUUAAAACGUAUUCGUACCAUGAUGGCUUCCAAAAAUAAAGAUUUAAGGGACUACAAAGACACCGAUUUACAAAGCUUCUGGAUGCCCGAUUCUAAAGCUAAAGAAUGCUACGAUUGUACCCAAAAGUUUUCCACCUUUAGGCGCAAACAUCACUGCCGCUUGUGUGGUCAGAUAUUCUGUUCCAAAUGUUGUAAUCAAGUGGUUCCUGGGAAAAUUAUAAUGUGCUCUGGCGAGUUAAAAGUAUGCAACUAUUGCUCCAAAAUAGUGCUAGGUUACCUGCGUUCCACAAAUAUAACCAAAGACUUAAAUGCCGAUCUGCAAGCACUGCAACAAGACUUAAGCAACAAACUAAAAACGAUCAAUGAAAGUGAGCCCCAGACUUCAACUGCAGAGCCUGCACCCUUUCAAUUGCAAAGAAAAGUCUCGGUGGGCUAUCAGGAGGAACGUUUUGCUGCUCACCAACCUCCUAGUAGUUUAACCAUGGACGAUCGCAAGCACAUUUUACAACAAUCGAAUUCUUUGAUAACUUUACACGAGGAAAUGCGCAAAGUAUUGCCCUCACAAAAUUGUGGCGUUGACCUCAUUGAUUUCCUGAAUACCAAUCAUAAAUCUUCCAAUAAAGACCAAGCUAUAGCCAUACUAAAUGCAAUGCUGGAUGCAGGCUUCAUACAUGCUAUUGUGCAGGACUCAGAAGAGACGGAGUUUGAUGAGAAUUUGCACUACAGAUUUGUCAAUGAGUUGCCCAGACAAGCCUUAGAAGCCUUUGUGGAUUUGAAUCAGUCUUUGGAUACUUUUAACCCCCAGUACGAACCAUUUGGCAUUGAACCGCAUCCACCCAAAUCUUUAGAUGCCUCAUUCAGUGCAAUGACUUUGCGUGACGUUGAAUUGGAUAACUCCAUGCAUACCACCACCUCUAAGCUUUUGGAAUCCUAUUGUGACCAUGAAGAGCAGUUACUCACACAAUUGCUGCGUACCUUUAAUUUGGACUUACAGUGGGCCAAUGUGCUUAAUCCCCUGUGCUGCCGAGCAGCCAAUCACUUUAAACCAGAAUACUGUACAAAUGAUUCCAUGGAUAUACGCAACUAUGUGAAUUUCAAAAAAGUUCCCGGUGGCAAACGUUUGGAGAGCACAAUUGUGGGUGGAGUGGUGUUCUCCAAGAAUGUGGCCCACAAAGAUAUGGCCACACGUGUGGAGCUACCACAAAUUCUGUUAUUGCAAUGCCCCAUUGUAUAUGAGCGUAUUGAGGGUAAAUUUGUCAGUCUAUCCACAGUGUUGUUGCAGGAAAAAGAAUACCUAAGGCAUGUUUGUGCUCGCAUAAUGAGUUUCAAACCAAAUGUGGUGCUGGUGCAUAAAAAUGUUGCCGGUGUGGCCCAAGAUAUUUUGCGCUCCAACGGCAUAACCCUGGUGUUAGAUGUCAAGCUCUCCGUUAUGGAUCGUCUAGCUCGCACUCUGCAGUGUGAUUUGCUUACCACCAUAGAGGGUAACUUGGAACAACCCAAGUUGGGCAAAUGUGAUGCCUUUUACAUACGCAACUAUAAUGAUGAAAGUGGAGCUACGAAAACCUUAAUGUUUUUCGAAAAACUUCAAAGCCCUCGUGGCUAUACUUGCCUGUUGAGGGGCGCCAGCAAUAAAGAACUGGCCAAGGUUAAGAAAAUAGCUUCAUUUUUGGUCUAUGCUCGUUACAAUUGGCGUUUAGAAAUGUCCUUCCUUUUGGACGAGCAUGCCGAAGCCUUGGCUCAUAAACCUCCCAUAUUCGAUUCUAAAGAAACUAGUCCUGGCGAUGAGAAUGCCAAUAUAACGCAGCAGAAAAAAGUAGAAGAAGAUGAAGCACAAGGUGAAGAAGGCGAAGAAGUAGCUCAGCUACGAUCAGUGGUGAACCGGCGUCUCUGUUCGACGGAACGUAAGUCUGAGGAGAAAAUUAUGACCACCACUACAGACGUAUCAGAUGACUACAGCGAUCCUUUGCGUUCGACUGACACUAAAACUGUGGCGGAUGAUCCCGCAACCCAUAAAUUGGAAUUGGCCGUUGAACAUCGUUAUGACAAUCGUUUUCGUAGUGCUCUCAGCUCUACAUUAUUAUCGGUCAGUCCCUUUCUUACAUUUCCUUUGCCCUAUCUGGAAACUGAGCAGGGACGCAAAUGCACCUUGCGUGCUCUGUUCCCUGCAGAGUUGUAUUAUUCCAAGUUAUGGUCGAAUACAAAUAAUUCAAAUUUGGCCAACACCAACUCCCAUAAUUUGGAGCGUUUGGAGAGUACCGAAAUUAUACCCACAGAUAUGGACCAAUUGGAAUUAAAUCCAUCACAUGAAUUUUUGAAGAUGAAAAUUACAGCACCUAUAGACAACAAAGAAAUACAAACUCUGUUGGCAGAAUUCCGUGCCUAUGGUGGCAAAUAUCCCAAGAGGUCCAAAAUGUUUAAAUUCCUUAAACCUCGGGUGGGAAAGAAGGCUCCUAUAACUCAUAAAAUCUCCGAUGGAAAUGUCUACAAAGAUGCUCUAGACAUAGAGAAUCAUCAACGUUUGCCUGUACUCUUCUGCAGUUUCAUUUUCAAUCCCAAGGGAGCCUCUUCGUUUUGUGCUACCCCCACUCUGCUGGACAUGAAAUUCUAUGGCCAACAUGACAUUAUGUUGGGAGCAUUUUUGCAGCGUUACUGCUGCAGGCGUUCUUCAAUGUGUACACUCUGUAAUUUACCCAUGUUGGGUCAUACGCGACGCUAUGUACAUUCCAUGGGAUGUGUUAAAGUAUUUCUUAGCGAAGACAAUUCCAAUUCCGAUCCCAAUAAUAUCUACUUCACGGCUUGGUGUACCAUAUGCAACGAAGUUACCCCUAGUGUGCCUCUGUCGGAAACCACAAAAUGUUUAUCCUUGGCUAAGUAUCUGGAAUUACGUUUUCAUGGCCAUGCUUAUCGCAAACGCGCCACCACCGAUGAGGAACUUAAUGGUGCGAAAACCACCUGCCACCAUUCACUGCAUCGUGACUAUGUGCAUUUAUUUAUCUACCGUGGCGUGGUGGCAAAAUUCCAAUACACCCCAAUUGAUACCUGGGAAAUAGCUUUGCCAGCCCUUACUCUCGAUCUGCAUCCUUCAAAGGCCUACAAUCGUUUUGAAGUGCUCGAAGAUGUCAAACAUUUCUCCAUGAAGGGUCAUGACAUCUACACACGCAUACAUGAACGGAUUGCCGAUUUGGCUAUUGAGGAUGAAAAUUCGCCUUUGGUGGCAAAUUUGAAAGCUGUGCUAAGCAAAGAUCAAUUUUCAUUCAAGCAACGCGUAGAAAUUGUACAAACCCUGCUGACGGAGAAUAAAGCCAGUCCAUACGAUAUAAGUGAUGCCUUGCUAAUGGCCAAGCGUGUGUUGGCCGAAUGCAUAGAGCAAUGGGGUCCACGUUUACACGAAAUGAUUGUGGCCCAAAAGAUAGCCUCGAAACAAGCGCAAGAAAUCGGUCAUCAUGUUGUUGAUGCCGGUACAAUUUGUACAGAGGAUUUACGUUCGGAACAUUCGGAUUACUCGCCUAGCAUAAUCUCAGCGAAUAGCGCGCCACCGACAUCAUCAAUAGCAAAUGAUGACUUAUCGGAAAAUAUGCAAAAUAAUGAGACACCCACCAGUGCGGAUAAGAGCGAUUCGCAUUUUGUUAUACCACCAGUACCACCGGCAGCCACAACUACUUCGGAUAAGAAAACUAUUAAGAAAAUGUUAACUCAACUUUUGCCCUCCACUGGGCCCGUUAAUCUUUUACAAUCACCAUUCAGCCCAUUGGAGCAUCACACAUUGCCCUUGGGUGCCUUCCCUAUGGUUGUACACGACCACGAUUUCAGCUCGAUUAUAGCUUAUAGUUUAACUUCGUUGGAAUAUAAAAAAGUUGUAAGUGCUUUGGCCACUCAACAGAACGUCACAGAUGCCACAUCGAUAUCUAGUAACUCAGGAAUUAGCGCAAAUCCUAGCCCUCAUGUAAAGAGAAAGUCACAAGAAAGUAGCAAUCACGAUGCCGAAUACAAUUCCAAAGAGAACAAUACUCCCCCACCUAAUGCAAAUAACGAAGAGGAACGCUCCAAAUCCAAGACGAACCAUUCACAUGUUGAGAUAACAUUCCAUGACAACCAUUCUCAGUUUACGUGCAAAAUAUAUUUUGCCAACGAAUUCGAUCAGAUGCGGGCGAAAACUCUUAAAUCUCCUAAAUUAGAUAAGUCAUUUUAUAAGGAAAUUGAAAGGAUCAAAAAUCGUGAAGAACUCAAGGUGACACAGAGUAAAAAUGGACCUGAAAUCGAAUUGGUGCGAAAGCCAAGCGAUGUUGGUCAAUCGUCGCAGCCUAGCGAUUUUAAAUGGGACAGUAAUACGAGUAGCAGCAAAGAAGAUAAUGCAAAUUCGCAAAUGGACUCCACUGAGGAGUGUCGUUGUUAUUUUGCCCGCUCACUAAGCACCAGUGUGCAGUGGGAGGCUAAAGGAGGCAAAUCCGGUUCGAGAUUCUGUAAAACUUCAGAUGACCGUUUUGUUCUGAAGGAAAUGAACAAAAACGAUAUAAGCAUUUUUGAGCAUUUCGCCCCAAAUUACUUUGACUAUCUAGGUAAAUGUCAACAGAAGAAUCAACCUACUCUGCUGGCAAAAAUAUUUGGAGUAUUUAAAGUUACCAUCAAAAGGAAGGAUUCUGUUGUUGAGAAAGCUUUGUUGGUGAUGGAAAAUCUCUUCUAUGAAUGUGAUAUUAAAAACAAAUUUGACUUAAAGGGAUCGGAACGAAAUCGUUUGGUAGACCCCACAAAUCAACAACAAGGCGACACUGUGCUGCUGGAUGAGAACUUUGUGCAAAUGUCCUGGUUAAAGCCCCUAUAUAUCCUAACGCACAGCAAAGUGGUGCUAAAGGAUGCAAUACACCGUGAUGCUAGUUUCUUGGAGAAGAAUCAGGUUAUGGAUUAUUCACUUUUGGUUGGACUUGACAAAAAUGGUGUACUAGUUUUGGGCAUUAUAGACUAUAUACGCACUUUUACGUUUGACAAAAAAGUUGAAUCGAUAUUGAAACAAACCGGCAUAUUGGGUGGCAUGGGCAAAUUACCAACAAUUAUACCCCCAGAACCCUACAGAAUGCGUUUUGCAGAUGCCAUGGAUCGUUAUUUCUAUACAGUUCCUGAUCGUUGGGAAGGUCUAUCGAAAAUUUGAUAUUUAAAUGUCUACUAAGAGAGGCAAGAUUUUGUUGAUAUUAUUUUCACAAAGUCGUUAACAAGUUUCAGUGUGAUCUUAAUCUGUUAGUUGCGUUACUUUUUAAUACGUUGAUUUGAAUGUAGAAUACUGUAUAUAAGAAAUGCAUUGAUUGUCAGUGUUUAUAUAUCAUAACUAAUUUAUCACAUCAAAAUAUAAUAAUUGCACAUUUUUAAGGUAAAAACCCAAA